GUAAAAUGAAAUGUCAUUGUCUCGAUAUUUUUCCACUGAUGCUUUUAUGUGUGUGACGAGUCAAAACAAAAGCGAUUUUGAUUUUGAUUAGCCAGACAGAGAGAUAUUAAUUGAAAACAAGUUAAUUUGUUUGACACGAGAUUUGAGAUUUUAUUUAGUUACUGAAAUUACAUUCGUUUAAAUACAUCAUCAUGUUUCAAUUCAGUGGCUUUAACAUGUUUCCGGAUAUUUCACGUCCAUUCAACAAUUCGUACAAAUGCUACUCCGUUUCGAUGUUCCCGGGAAAUGAUCGUCAAGAUGUGGAAAAGGGCGGAAAAAUCAUCAUGCCACCAUCCGCAUUGGAUCAAUUGACCAGAUUAAACAUUGAGUACCCGAUGCUGUUCAAACUGACGAACAAUAAAAAGAGUCGAACUACACACGCUGGCGUCUUAGAGUUCGUGGCUGAUGAGGGGAAAAUUUAUAUUCCGUACUGGAUGAUGCAUAAUUUGGUGUUGGAAGAGGGCGACAUAAUUCAAAUCGAAAGUGUUUCAUUGCCAGUCGCUACGUUCUCGAAAUUUCAACCACAGAGCCCAGACUUUUUGGACAUUACCAAUCCGAAGGCUGUGCUGGAAAAUGCUCUACGAAAUUUCGCUUGUCUCACCACCGGCGACCUGAUCGCUAUCAAAUACAAUUCGAAAAUCUACGAACUGUGUGUUCUGGAGACGAAGCCAGGAAAUGCUGUCAGCAUCAUCGAAUGCGAUAUGAAUGUUGAAUUUGCCGCCCCAGUCGGCUAUCAAGAGCCACAACGACAACCAAAACCAGAAGAUCUCACCGAAGAUGACCCAAUGCAUCACAUGGACACACAGAACUUCUUUCCGUUCUCUGGCGAAGGAAAUCGCUUGGACGGCAAGAAGAAGAAAAUCGAAAAAUCCGAUGCCAACCAUGCUGUGAAGAAUUAUGUCCGAGGCAUUCCCGAUUACGAUCAUCCGCGAUUCGGUGUCCUGCGUUUCGAUCGUAGCAUAAAGGCGAUUAGCGACAAACCAGAACCGAAAGCUGAACCGGAAAAUAAUAACGGUGACGAUUUUCAAGCAUUUCAAGGGCCUGGAUUCUCACUACGGAAAGGUAGAAAGUGAAAUUUCGACCGUGAAGAUUUUUCUUGUUUUUGCUUUGAAUUUGAAUUGAAGAAUGCAAAGGUUUGCGUCAGCCGCUGAGGAAAAUAAAUUUAUGUACGAAA